AUGUCGACGGUAGUGCAUCCUCUGAGGCGACGCGGCAUCAACAAGCUGCCCUUCGAGCUCCUGGUCGAAAUUCUUAUGCUCGCGUCUACCACGCAAUAUGACGCGCAAGGCCGGCGCGUACCCCCUGCGCAUCCGCUGCUGGCGUUCAGCCAUGUCUGCGGAACCUGGCGAACAGCAGUGCGAGCUGCUCCCGAAUUAUGGACGAUCAUCGUUCUCUCCAAGAAGCUGCCUCUUGUCCUGUGGAAUGAAUACGGCACGGACACGGACGACAGCGACGAUGAGAGGGACGACGGCAGUGACGACGCGGUCGACGAGGCUCAAAUAGAAGAGUGGAAUGGGGUACAAGACCCAUGCAGCGACGACACGGAUUUGGGAGAAUUCGACGGCGACGAGGAUGUCAAUGAAGAGAAAGAGCGCGAAGUGGAGGCUGACGGCGACGACACCAAUGCAAACGGCCGAGGCACAGGGAAAGCACAGUUUUAUCCCCUGCGACGUGGUGUAGCACCGAUGCUCUUUGCCGAACUCCACCGGAUGGCCGCAGUGCGGAUCCUGGUCCAACGCGAAGAUGCCCUUGCCCUACCCCCGUUGCUCGCUGCCGCUGCACCCCUUCUGGAAUCCCUCGACCUGAGCGUGGAGGACCUGGACGAACCUCUUGUCGUCACCCCUUUCGGCGGGGCGCCCCCUCCGCGCCUCACCCGUCUCGCAUUGGAGGGAGGGUUCGAGAUCCCAUGGGAUGCCCCCAUAUACGCGCACCUGACACACCUCCACCUGAAGCCCACCUCCAAUACGGAGAAGUACCAGCACAAAUGCGGGUAUCGGCUCUUCGCACACGCGCUGGCGCAGAUGUGCGCGCUGGAAAGCCUCGAACUUAUAGGGUGCAUCCCGGACGACAUCCUCUCGACCGAGGCUGAGGCUGAGGACGGCAUUUAUCUCCCCCGCCUGACCGAUCUCCUGAUCUCGGACUACGCGCCUAACUGCGACAUGUUCCUGCGGAGCAUCGAGUGCAGGCUCCAUACACUCUGGGUUGCGGGCACCGAGGACGAAGACCACGAAGACUGGGCGGAGUACGCGAAUGUAUACGUCGCCCUGUUCGACGCGUGCAAGCAGCAUAUGGCCCCGCAGCUAACGACAAACCCGGUGACUUCUUUCAUCGUCGAGACGGGGUGGAAUAUCAUUUCGUUCCAGGGCCUCAGCUGCUGUCGAGAUAGCGCGGAGGACUCCGAUACACUGUUCGCUAUCACCGUCUUCCACACGCGGACCGACGGUUCGUCGCCUGUAAAUGAGGCAUUCAUUGCGCGUGCGUUGAACGUGCUCCCACCGCAUGAAGGCCGUCCCCUGCAGCUCGAGUUGCACGACGAGAACGUGUAUGAUCCUGCUUUGAUCGCUGCGCGGCUGGACGAGCUGGACGGCGGCAUCCGGCAUGAUAGCAUGGAGCUCGCUGGGUGCCAGGGCCAGUGCUGGUGCAUGCGCACCCACUGUUCUACUGUGAAUGUGGACGGUCCCGAUUCCGAUUCCGAUGUGGUGAGCGAUGGAGUAGGAGAUCAUUCGGGUGUGGAAGACGAUGAUGUGCCUGCGCCAUAUGAAGAGUUAUUGGCUGCCUUCAUGCUACCGAUGUAG